AUCAAAUUAAUCAUAUUGCAUUGUUGAAAAGAUCUAGAAUAGACAUCUGAAGACUGAAUUUGGCUGCAAUUUAGCAUACUGGACAAAAGACAAACAUGUUUCAAAAUCGUAAGGCAUUUAGAAAAAUACAAUACAAGUACAUUCAUGUGUUAAUUGGAUAUACACUCCUAAAUAUGAUAUGCUUAAUCAUUUACAUGAACGACCAAACAUCUUAUGAUAACCGACUAAAUGGACUACAGGAUACAAAAGAUAAAAAGCAACACAAAAAUGUAUUUUUUCUCAAACUUCAUAAAACGGCUAGCUCGACAAUACAAAAUAUAUUUUUUCGUUAUGUUGACUCAAAUGAUUUGAAUAUGGCACUACCAAAGGAGGGAGGAACAACAUUUAACUAUUCUCAUAUGUUUUCAAGGGAAUUUGUUCAACCAUCUGUUAAACCAUUCAAUGUGAUAUGUCAUCACCUACGAUAUCAUAAAAAUGUUCUUGGCAUAAUGCCAGCAGAUACUAAAUCCAUUACAAUCAUCAGGAACCCUGACACACAGUUUGUUUCAUCCUUCAACUAUUUCAAUUUCAAAAACUGCUUCAAAGGGAUCAAAACGAUUGAGGAGUUUGCGAGAGUUUUACCGAAAAUCAAAAAAGAAGGAUCGUGUGCAAAGAUUAACCCACAGAACUCGAUGCUUUAUGAUUUUGGACUUCCUUUUACUAGCAUCACAAACAUUACUGCAAUAAAGGAUAAAAUAAUAGAAGUUGAUAAAACAUUUGAUUUGGUGAUAUUAAGUGAGUACAUUGAUGAAGGAUUAAUCCUUAUGCGAGAACUCCUCGGGUGGACAAACAAAGAUAUCAUUUAUCUUAACAAACUCGUUAAUUCAAGACCAAAAGAAACAAUCUCAACUGAAACACAGGAUAACUUACGGGAAUACAACAAAGGAGAUGUUCUCCUCUAUGAACACUUUAAUAAAACAUUCUGGCAAAAAGCCAAACAUUUUGGUAUUCAGAAACUGAAAACAGAAGUUGAAAAUUUUCGUAAAUUGAGACAAAAAUGGUAUAACUUCUGUAUUGAAGCAACAUUACCAGGAGACCAAAUAAAAGACAUUGACUUCAAGGCAGACUAUAAUGAUGACAAAGUUCUGGCGUAUAAUAUGAAUGAAAAUGCAAAAGAAACAGAGCUAUGUUAUCAGCUUAUUACUCAGGAGUUACAAUACUCAAUGUAUUUUAAUGCGAGGCUUCAAAAAUAUUGGUCAUAAUUAUGGGAAGUUCCUUUCUUUGCAGGCAGAGCUCCAAAUGGGAAGUUAUUUUAUUAGAGGGUGUAUAUGAAGAGCUGUUUUCAUUUUCAAGUUUUCAGGUGGAGUGACGGGUUAAACUAUAUUGGAAUUGACUUUGUUUCUUCACAACGGUUGUCAUUCUGACACCAUUCCUCAUGCAAUAACUUCAUGGGGCCUCUAGAAUGACCAGUUUUUGUGCUGAUAGAGCUAUCCAGAAUAAAUAUAGUGUCAAAUCAAAUCGAUUAAUCUUACCUUUCUUAGAGCCCAUAACGUAAUGAGCCCAUUCACUGUCAUCAUCGCCAAAGAAAUCUCCAACACACAGUAACAACUGGAAAAAAUUAGUGUUCUAUUAACAGGGUUCCUAAUUGGCAGCAGGCUCACGCUAUAUUGAUGGCAGACUACACUACAGGCAUAUUCAAUGAUAUUCAAUAUCAGGUUUUAUAUGCGUGAUUAUGCUCUGACCAUGGUAUAAUGGCUAAUAUGACAUAAUUGACAUUAUAUUUCUUGUACUUACAUCAAAUGCUCCAGUUUUCUUCUGGAUUGAGUCGACUCUCUUAUAAAGUGUUCCAAACUUUCCCUGCACAUCACCAGCUACCAAUCUAAAGAAUUGAACAAUAUUACAUAUGAUUUAUACAGAUCAUUUAACUGAUGUUCUUUCAUAUCACUCUUUGCAGGACAAAAAUACUCUCUGGAGCAAAUCUCAAAUAUUAUUUGUUCAGGUAUUUAAAAUCUCAGAAAACUCAAGUGUCUUGUCUGUGCUUUCUUUUCCAUAAUGUGGUGAUGUAAACUUCAAAAUGGUAAAAACUGUUUGAAUGGUACAACUUCAAUUUGGUGGCCAUUGUUUGGGUAAAUCCUUCUUAUCAGAAAUUAGUUUAGAGAAUACAAGAGAAAAAUAUUUGAUGGGGGCUUCCAAAGGGUACAUCAAAAUUGUAGAUAAAACUAUUAGAUCAAUCCAUUAGAAGUACUAUUCAACUUUCUACAAAGUAAAUUAAAUCGAUAAUUUCCAUUUUCCAUUUUUCCUAUGGCUGCACAUGUUAUUUUCUGAUAUAAAAUAAUGUACAAGUA